UUGUCCCCCUGCCUCCUGUUCAUCCUGGUGGACUCAGUUCUCUGUGAUGAAUUGCCAUCACUACCCACUGAAGUGGAGGUUUUGGGGGUGCAAGUCUGGCUAAGUUGGUGCUCUGCAUGUACGGGACAUGCACAUGUGAGUCCUGUGAAUGUCUUUGUUUAAACUACAGGUCCAUUGUUAAGGGCAAAGUGGCACGUGGCUUGGUGAUCUAUCCAAUCCACUUACAGAACACACAGAGAUAAAUCGGUGCUUUGAGCAGCUGCAAGGAGAAAUGUUACCCUGAGAAUGAAGCUAUAAAACGUCUCCCUGCAGAACCGUAUGAUUGAAAAUGCGGUCCAGCCCUCCUCUGCUGCCAGACAUGCUUUUGUCCUCCUACCCCUCUCACCCAAUGUUGCAGUAAUACAGAUGGAUUGUGGCAGAGAGGCAGAAAUGGAGUUACGGAGGUCCUCCAGCCCAGGCAAGCUGAGCAAGAACGACAUGGAUGCUGACAAGACCAUGUGCCACAGCUGCUGCAUCUGUGGUAAAAGUUUCCCUUUUCAGAGCUCAUUAUCGCAGCAUAUGAGGAAGCACACGGGUGAGAAGCCCUACAAAUGUCCUUACUGUGAUCACAGAGCUUCCCAAAAGGGCAACCUGAAGAUCCACAUUCGUAGUCACAGGACAGGCACUUUAAGUCAGGGACACGAGGUGGAGAUGGGAGAGGCGCAGCUGGGUGAGAUGGGUGUUUCGGAGGGUCUCGGCGGCUGCACUAGUCCCACCAAAAGUACAUCUGCCUGCAACAGGAUCUUGAAUGGCACUGCUCAGGUAGACAGCAGCAAGAUCUUGUUGAGAAGCAGCAAGAAGGAGGUCGCAGAGGUGGCGCCCGUCGAGGAGGAUGGCAAGCUAACUGCUUACCCAUGCACCUUCUGCAAAAGCAAAUUCGAAAGGAAGAAGGAACUGGAGCAGCACCUGCACCAGGUCCACAAACCUUUCAAGUGCAGGCUGUGUAGCUACAUGACCUUGAGGGAGGAGACAUUGUUAAACCACGUAGAGAAGGACCAUAUAACCGCUCAGGUCCCGAAUGGGGAGGCCUACACUGAGAACUGCAAGAGCGAGCUGAGCGCCGGCGAGUUUCCUUGCGAAGUUUGCGGCCAGGCCUUCAGUCAGACCUGGUUCCUGAAAGCUCACAUGAAAAAGCACAGGGGCUCGUUUGAUCACGGCUGCCACAUUUGUGGCAGAAGAUUCAAAGAGCCCUGGUUUCUCAAAAACCACAUGAAGUCGCAUGGCCCGAAGACUGGGAACAAAAACAAACUGAAAAAUGAGCUGGAGCUCAUAGCCACUAUCAAUGACGUGAUACAGGAGGAAACGAUUGUGACGGGCCUGUCUUUGUACGAAGUCUGCACCAAGUGUGGAAAUCUGUUUACAAACAUGGAAAGCCUAAAAGCGCAUAAUGCUGUUCACUACCGGGCUCAGCGGAGCAACGCCGGGGAUAAAGCCGAGGGCUUAAUUGACGGGAGCCUGAGCCCCUCAGUAACAAAGCAGUUUUUCUUGCAGUGUCUCAAUCUAAGGCCAUCUGUAGGGCUGGAUAGAGUUACAAGGGGACAGACUGGAAAAAGAGUAGCCGAGCUGGAUCCAGUCAGUAGCUACCAAGCUUGGCAGCUGGCCACCAAAGGAAAAGUAGCAGAGCCCUCCGAGUAUGUGAAGUAUGUGGGGUGGGAUGAGGCCCUGGCGGAUGCGGACGUGACUUACGACAAGGAUAAGAGGGAAUACAUCCUUGUCAACCAGGAAAAGCGCAAGCGGGAGCAGGAUUUGCCCAGCUCCUCCAGCAACCCCAAGAAGAAGAGCUGUCCCAGCGGGCGCCUGGAGAAGACCAGCAGUGCCCCGCCAGGGGAGAGCUGCCCGCUCACCCAGGGCAACCUGGACUACCGUCCCUCCUCGCGGCAGGGCAGGCGAGCCACCCAGAACAAGUCCACCGAGUGCUUUGAGUGCGGCAAGGUCUUCCGCACCUACCACCAAAUGGUGCUGCACUCCCGGGUGCACCGCAAGGAGCGGAGGAGCUGCCGCGAGGGCGGGACGGCCGCCCAGCCUGACCGCUAUGGCUCCAGCAGCGAGGAAGGGGACUCGGGCUCUGUCAGCGGGCCCAGCACGCCCGGCUCCGCGUCCGCCCCGGAGGACUCGGCCACCUCUGGCUUGGGGGAGGAAGGGGCCGAGGAGAGCUCGGAGGAGGGAGCAGCUGACCCCUCGUUAGAUGAAAAGCCAUACCACUGCAAUUUUUCUGAAGAGGAAACCCCUAUGGUAACAUCUCAGUUGGAGGAAAUUCCGAAGCUGGGAAGCCGCAACACCAGAGAAAACGAGACCAAUGAAUCUAAGCCAGAGAUUCCAGCUUUGGUGUCAGCACUGGAGAGUGUCAUCAAGGAGCCCUUUUCGAAAUACCACGAUCUGAAAGGUUCUGUGGACAUAAAGAUGCCACCAUUUCACCACAGCCAAGGGCUUUCUUGCUCCAGUCACUUUGCUGGCUUUGUUUCGGGUGUGGGCCAGACAUCUUCAAACACGGUCAUGGACUUGAAAACGUCACUUGAAGUGCAAGCUAGUCGCUCUAGAGAAAAUUUUCUAGACUUACACAGGGAUCAUCCUCUAACAGAAAAAGGUGCAGAAACUCACGAGGCAGCUCCACUUGAUUUGAGUGAAAAAUCAACAAGGGAUAAUUCAUGCAAUAAAAAUUUGAAUACAUCCUGGCAGGCUGCUUUAAUUAUCUACCCAUGUCCUUUCUGCAGUCACAAGACCUACUACCCUGAAGUCCUGUGGAUGCACAAAAGAGUUUUGCACAAAGUCAGCUGUAACUCGAUGGUCCCCCCUUGGGUUCAACAGAAUGGAUUCAAGAGUAUUAAAAACAACCUGGUUUUUCUGGCAAGGAGUGGGCGUACCGGCCCCCCUCCCGUUCUUGGGGGUAAGGAAUGCCAGCCUUUGCCCGUUGCCAGAUUUACACGCACUCAAGUGCCAAGUGCAUUGCCAGGGUCCAAAAGCAGCUCUCUUCCUGUUGGGAUGACUGCUAAGUCUGGGAGUGUGCAUCAGUCAAAGGACAGCCAUGCGUUUGGCCACUGUGGUCCACGCUUAUCAGGUCUUGAUGGGUACAGACAGCCCAAAUUAAACCAUUCCCAGGAGCAAUACAGCAUAGCAGCACAACAGCCUCCGCUGAAAAAUAAAUAUGAAGCAAAUUCCAAACUUAUGCAAAUGGGAGCAUAUAGCAGAAGUGUAACGCCUACUCAGACAGUCAUAUCCAGGCCUAGCACGCAGUCCAGCAACAGUAAACAGGUGGAAAAGUAUGUGGUCCCCCAAGGAAGUACUGGUUUUGUCCCUUCAGGUAAGCACUGUGCAUCUGAUUCCGUGAAGGCCAAAUUCAACCCACCACCACAGUAUCAUCCCCUGUGCAAAAGCGAGCAGUACACUAAACACGAAGAGCCAUCGGUGCCUCAGAGGGAGUCUCACAUAAAGGCUGGUAAUGAGAUGAGGACAUUGGCAAACUGCACAGCUGUGGCACGAGCAAGUCCACUGAUGCAGCCCCAGCCUAGCGCAGCAGGAAUUUCUUCGGCUUUACACUCCAGCAAACAGGAUCCGGGAUCAGACGGGCAUGAGAAACGUUUGGACAUUUUAAAUAUCUUUAAAACAUACAUUCCAAAGGACCUCGCUUCGUUGUACCAAACCUGUGGUGCCAACAGCCCUGUCCUGGAUCAUGCGGGGAUGCUUAGGACACAAACACGCCAAGGAGACUGCGUCUGCAGGGAAUGUGGAAAAUGCUUUAACCAACCCAGUCACCUCAGGACUCAUCAGAGGUCCCACACAGUGGUAUUUGAGUCUAAUGGACUCCGAGGUACUGAAGUUCACACCACCUCCGCAGAUGCCCCAAAACAAAAUAUCCCUUCUAUUUUUUCCACGUGGUAAUUAUUCAUGAAAAUUGGCUAAAAAACCUAAAAGGAAGAUGACAAGGGGAAGAAAAAGCCUUCUUAGCUUUUGACAGACCUGCACAAGAAUUCAGUUUUCCUUCUCCGAGCGGCCUCUCUGACCUCCAACUUCAGCCCUUUUGAAACUCUGGUCUAGCUCUGAAUCCCUCUUGGCUAGCACAAAAUUCCUCAUUUUGGAGGCCUCCUUCCCUCCAUGUCCUUAACUGUUUCUGCAUUGCUCCAUCAGACGCUAUCACUUGCUCUUCUGGUCCGUCAGAGACCUUGCAGGGGCCCAAACAAGCGAACACGCAUGAUGCUAAUUCGAGGUAACGAGCGCCAGAAGGGCUCGCUGGACGCAUUUCGAGCGGGAGCAGCGACGCAGGCGUGAGAGGAUAAGGCGAGGAGGUGAGAAUGAGCUUUUCCCUCUCUCCUUCUUACAGGGGAGAGACCACACCAGCGCCGACGUCGCCCACACGCUGCCUCUCCGGAAGGGAACCUAGAGCCCUGGCGGAGGAGCCCGCGCCCUGGCUGCCCUUCGACUGCAGCCCCUGCCCUGUGGGGCAGCCCCCCGCGAUGCCGGCAGUGGAGCAUCCCUGCGAAGCAUCCCCUUGCUUGUCACCACCGUGUGGGAUUGGGAACGGCGCUGCGCUCCGCUAGGAGGGGGGUGCCGCCGCGCUGUUAAUCAUUUUAAAAUAAAUGAAGAUGCUCCGCGAGAUAUAUAUAAAUUGACGUACUAAUCAGUCCCAUGGUUCCUUAUUUCCUUUAUAAUAAACAGCGGAGUUGGCAAGCACUGUGGCAGCACAAGGCAUCUAUAUUAAUCAAGAGAAGUUUGAGACACUGGAAAAAUUAAACUUUAUGUGAUUUGGACAGCAUGAAGAAGUUAAGCACUGUAACAAAAACCUCCCUGAUGCUCACAAUGACUAUUUGAUACAUUUGAAAAACAGCAGUGGAUUUGAGGGCUGGAGAAGUAUUAAUUAAUGAAACUGCCACUGCCUGUCAUGCUGAAAAGCAAAUUAAAAAAGAGAGAGAGAGAGAGAGAGAGGAAGAAGGGGGGGUGCGGGGAAAAGGUGGCAUUCGGUGCUGAGAAAGCAAUGCUUGAUGAAGGAUUAAAGGAACUAAAGAGAAAGACCGUCACUCUGCAAUGGUUUGUUUCAUUACAGUUUGGGGACCACUUGCAUUUCUAGUGCUCUUGUUCUUGACUGUGCACCAUUAAUAGUAUGUGAAUAUGGAAAUUGAAACACUUCCACAGAAAAGCUUCUAUUCUGCUUUGGAAAUGAAAAGCUAGUUGAACACUAAGAAAAACAGGCGUCUGUGUUUUACUCUCAGGACCUUUUUUGUAACAGGGCUACUUUCUUCGACCUGAUCACAAAGGAAGUCUUCAUGUUAAAAAAAUAAAAAUUAAAAAAAAACAACAAGCGCUCAGCUGUCUAACGCCACUGAUCUGUAUGUUUCUAACGGAGAAGGUGGCAUGGAGUACCUUGGCCCUGAUGAAGGCACCGUAGGCUCCUGCGUUUUGUCCAGCAGGCCAGCUACUCGUCCUCCCUGGGCCUGGUGACUCUUCGAGAAGAUGAAUACCUUCUUUUGUGGUGGCAGGUUAAUGUUCAUAUAAUGUGUCAUGUCUUGUACUUGGUGAUCACUGGCGGUGUUAGGAAAAAAAAAGAAAAAAAAAGCUUUAUAUACCUCUUCUACAGUAACUCUUUAACUGCAAGUUUUCAAGGUGGGGUUGUGGCACAUAACAGGUUGUUAAACCAUGCAGUGUAAGCAAUUAAAAAUGUAUUCCACAGA